AGUAAUUCAAUCGUGAGAGACAUGCCUAAUACUCGCGGACUAUUUGCUUAUUAAACUAAAUUCAGUCUCGGGGAUAGGCUACAUCAGAUCCAGCAGUAGUAGGUUAUAUUGUGAAUUCGACUCCUGGAAGAAGAAAAACUUUUUCAAUAAUUGCUAUGAAUGGCAUAGUCUAAUCUCAAGGAUAACUUUUUGGAAAGCGUCUGAAACCUUAAGGAAAUAGUCUAACGGGGAUACUGUGCGAGGACGAAUUUCAUUUUUUUGCCUGGAAGGAUGGAAAGAUGUCUGUCUGAGGCAUAAUUUUAGUCGUAGUAGAGACCAAUCUUGUUCUUCAAGAGCAAACCUGAACGAGGAUGAAGGGCAGCAGAGGGUGUUUGCCUUUAUUUGUUCUUCUGUUGAUGGGUAUAAAAGUUACAGUGGUCCCUGUGCCAGUGUUUCAGUUUGUGAAGAGCCCAGCCAAUGUAACCUCAUCCCUGGGUAAGCCGGUGCAGGUGCUCUGUACUCUCCAGGGAGAUGGAGGUGGAGAGGAGCCUCCGGAUGUGGUGUGGUUUAGGGACGGUCAAUCCCUUGAUUACGCUGACACCAAUCAAGUCCAAGUGCCUGUCACUGAAGGAAGUUGGCUGACCCUCAGUGAACUCAGAAUUGAUCAUGUGAAACUGUCAGACAUUGGGAGAUACCGUUGCAUGGCAACAGUGGGGCGGAAGGACUUGAUGUCUCAGGAAGGGGUCAUUCAGCUAGAAGGAAUCCCUCAUUUCUCAGUGGAGCCUCAUGACAUGACAGUAGAGGCUAAUGUUAGCCUCAGCCUGCAGUGUAUGGCCCAUGGGCCUCCAGAACCUGUCAGGAUCAUCUGGCUGCAGAAUGGAGGACCACUCAACACGCUCCAGGACCCUGUAUCCCACUCGCCCUCCACUCUCAACAUCACAGGCCUCAACCAUACAAGCAGCUUCUCCUGUGAAGCCCACAACAGUAAAGGUGUGGCUACCUCAGCCUCGGGAACAGUGACAGUGGUUCCCUCCCAGGCACAUGAAGUCCAGGCCGUAGAGGUUACCAUCUCUUCCCUGCUGAUCUCCUGGGAGCCUGGCUUUGGAGGGGUGUAUCCUGUCUCUGUGUGCUCUAUACAGGCAGCUCCAUCUGGUCCUGACCGCACUGCAUUGCUUAAUCACCUGGUCCACAAUCAGAAUGUAAAUGUACCACCUGCCCGACACCUGAUCCCAGACCUGGAGCCCUACUCCUCCUAUGACGUGAGGGUGGCUUGCCGUAGCAGUCAAGGUGCUUCCCCCUGGACACCAUGGGUAACACUGCGCACAUCUGAAGGAGUACCAGAGGCAGCACCAGACAAUGUGAGUGGACUGUUUAAUGGAACAGAGGUUAUUGUCAGCUGGACCAAGCCGCCAGGCAGACUGAAUGGCCAGAUACUAGGGUACAGAGUGGAGUACAGAACCCCUAACAAGUCCAAGGCUGUUAUGGAGUCAGUUCAGUCCUCUGAGCUAGCUAUCCCGCUCUCCAGCCUCCUGGACAGUGUGUCCCUGAGUGUGAGUGCCUGUACUGUGGCAGGGUGUGGCCCCUGGAGCCCUGUCCAAACCCUCAAACAGAAACAGCCUGAUCUCUCCCCACAUCAGGCAUUUUCCUGGCAUUGGUGGUAUGUGAUCAUGGGGAUUGCUGUCGGUCUGGCCUUGAUAGGGUUCAUCGUGGUGUAUGCAAUCAUAUUGCGUCAAAGAGAGACAUGCUUUGGGAAAACAUUUGACCCUAUGAGAAACGGCGGUGGAGACUUCGUAGUAAGAUACAGCGCCCGACGCACCUACAAUCACCAGUCGAAUGAAGCCACACUGAACAGCCUGGUGAUCAGUGACGAGCUGAAGCACAAGUUGCAGGAUGUGAUGGUGGACCGACACAAGCUGACCCUGGGCAAGACCCUCGGCGAGGGGGAGUUUGGCUCCGUCAUGGAAGGGCUUCUGGUGCAUGAAGAGACUGUCCUCAAAGUGGCUGUGAAGACCAUGAAGAUUUCCAUCUGCACUCGCACCGAGAUGGAGGACUUCCUCAGGGAGGCUGCUUGUAUGAAGGAGUUUGACCACCCCAACGUCAUGAGACUCCUCGGAGUGUGUCUGCAGACGGUAGAGAGGGGAGGCUACCCAUCCCCUGUCGUCAUCCUGCCUUGUAUGAAACACGGGGACCUGCACAGUUUCCUGCUCUACUCUCGACUUGGGGACAGUCCUUUGUCCCUGCCAUCUCAGAUGUUGGUGAAGUUCAUGACAGACGUCGCACGGGGAAUGGAAUACCUGAGUGACAAGAGGUUCAUCCAUAGAGACCUGGCAGCGCGAAACUGCAUGCUGAACGAGAAUAUGACUGUGUGUGUGGCUGAUUUUGGCCUAUCUAAGAAGAUCUAUAAUGGAGACUACUAUAGACAAGGACGCAUUUCAAAGAUGCCAGUAAAAUGGAUCGCCAUCGAGAGCCUGGCAGACCGAGUGUACACCACCAAGAGUGACGUGUGGUCGUUUGGAGUGACUAUGUGGGAGAUAGCCACUCGGGGACAGACGCCAUACCCUGGAGUGGAAAACAGUGAGAUCUACGACUACCUUAGACAGGGCAACCGCCUCAAGCAGCCCCCUAGCUGCCUGGACACCAUCUACUCCCUGAUGUUCUCCUGCUGGCUACUGAGUCCUAAGGACCGCCCGGGGUUCCCCUCCCUGCGCUGUGACCUGGAGAAAGCCCUGGAGGAGAUGCCCGAGCAGGAGGAGGCUGAUGACCUGCUCUACGUCAACAUGGAGGAGCCCACAGGCUCUCUGUCGGGGGCCGUGGGGGGCUGGGAGCCUUUUGGACUGCCUCACCCGUCCUACCAGAAGAACAUGGGCCCUCUGGAAACCGUCCAGGUGCAUCAUCAUCAUGCUGAUCGCUAUGUACUCUGCCCUCAGCGCGAGGCCCAGCCCUAUCUCAAUGACUCUAUUGACAGCCUGAGCUGGAUGGCCUCCUCGUCAAGCCCCACCCUGCAGCUCCAGGCCUCCUGCUCCUCCUCCCCCACCUCCUCUCUAUUGCUGGACGGGCAGGACAACAGGGAAGGAGAAGGAUGGGACCGGAGGGUCUUCAGGAAGUGAGGUUUAAAAGGCUCACAGAGGGACUUCCAGUAGUUGUGAAGAAAUACUGAAGAAAGUCAAGUAGUCAAAUUAACAAGGUCAAAACAAAUCAAGGAUUGGUUGUGUUACGGACGGUUCAACGGUUAUGUACAUACUGUAUACACUGUAGUCAAUUGUCACUAAUGUGGAGCCACCAAAUCACAUGCUAGAUAAAUAUUUAUCUUCCCAAUAUGAAUAUUAAGAAACCAAAUCAACUAAUCCGUUGGCACGGACUGUGUAAUAAAUUGGUAUAACCCUUUACUGAAAGGAAACUACAUCAAACUGUAAGUGCAUCAAAGCCUUUUAUUUAAUAAACCAAUGAACAAACCCAUUAAUAAACCAGUAUUUUGUUUUUGUUUUAAGAAAACAAAGUAGCGAGUUCCCUCAAACUAAACAAUGUACUGGAUACAAUAAUGCAUUCAUGGCAUUCAGACUAGCCAGGCUUAAAAUACAUUCAAUAAAUUAAAAACAAAUAAAUACACAAACCCUAGUUCCUACGGCAACGACACAGUAACCAUCAUCAGUUCUGUUGAGAGAAAUAGUAAUAAUUAAAACAGAUACAAAGAACAUUUCAGGGAAAAACCUUGUCAGUUGAAAAGCAGCCGUUGAAGAGCAUUUAAAGUCAAUAUUGUACUGUAUGUAGUGGUUAUAGCGCUUUUCCAGUGGGCUGGUAAAAUAGCUUUGAAGGAUAAAGUACCAUCAACUAUACUCCAGUUGUGUUUACAGUAUAUCUGGUACCGGUAUCUCUUGCUUUAUGAGUAGGAGGAGAUAUCAAAGUACUAUACCAAUAAUGACAGUUUUGGUACAGUAUCAAGAUGCUGCUGUAGUAUACGACCAAUAAAGUUUGUUCCAAUAAUUUAGGCACUGAAGUUUUACAAAAUUGACAUGCAUAAUGCACUUAAUUAUUGAGAAUAUUUGUGGGUGUUGGCAAAUGGGAGUAGUUUCCCACAUUCAUGCGCACAAUGACAUUUCAAGAAUUACUGUCACUUAAUGUUUCAACUUGACAUUGCUA